GUGGAUAAAGGCCAACGAGGUGAGCAAGGAUUGCCGGGAUCGACUCGUUCUGAAGCUCCGUGAGCGAUCAAACAAGGCCGCCGACCGAGCCGCCAGGCUCGAGCGUCGGCUCCAGAGGCUGAAGACGGAACAUGCCUCCGAUCGAAAGGUUGCCGAAGCCGUCGUUUCCUUGAGGAAGCUGGCCAGCGACAUCGAGAAGCAGACUCCCAGAACCACCAUCGAU